AUGGACGGGAAAACCUCUCCGAGCACGGCAUCGCCCAGCAGUGUCCCUCCCAGCCUCCAUGCCUCUGCAGUCAGCAGCAUCUUUGGUGCCCGACCUCCGCAGCCUCGAGAAAGUGUCCUCGGCAUUAGCUUCAAGCCCUACAGCCCGGAGCCCAGCCCAGCCCCGGCCCCCUGCACGACCUGUGAGAGCACACGAUCCUCCAUGUUCAGAGCUCCCUGCAUGAGCCAGCGGCGGCUUGCGCUCAUCUUCUGCACCUCCGUCCUCAUCGUGCUGCUCAUCGCCCUCAUCCUGCUGUUUAUGUUCUGGCGGUCGCAGACUGGCAUCGUGUACAAGGAGCCUGCCGAGAGCUGCAAGGACAGCCCCGUGCGCUGCGACGGCAUCGUCGACUGCUCCCAGAGGAGCGACGAGCUGGGCUGCGUGCGCUUUGUGUCCGACGAGUCCUUGCUCCACGUCUACUCCAGCACUGAGAGCCAGUGGCUGCCGGUGUGCAGCAGCGCCUGGAACGACUCCUUCUCCAGAAAGACCUGCCGGCAGCUGGGAUUUCAGAAUGCGUCGCAAACCGAAUACAUUCCCCUGCACAUCUCCGGCAAGAGCCUCACCGUGACCGACGAGCGAGAGACCAUCCAGCAGAGCCUCAACAGCUCCCAGUGUCUCACGGGAAAGUACGUCUCCCUGCGAUGCACAACCUGUGGGCAGAGGAUUUCUGGCCGGAUCAUCGGAGGAAAGGAAACCUCCGUGAGCAAAUGGCCCUGGCAAGUCAGCGUGCAGUACGGGCCCAUCCACAUCUGCGGCGGCACCAUCAUCGACGCGCAGUGGGUCCUCACCGCAGCCCACUGCUUCUUCAUGAACAGCAUGAAGAUCCUCGACGACUGGAAGGUGUACGGCGGGGUCUCGGACCUGAAGCAGCGCGCGGAGGGCAUCCCUGUCUCCCAGGUCAUCAUCAACUCCAACUACAGCGAUGAUCACGAUGACUACGACAUCGCUCUCAUGAAGCUCUCCAGGCCGCUGACGCUCUCAGCUCAGGUUCGCCCAGCCUGCCUCCCCAUGUACGGCCAGCGAUUCCAGACGGGCAGGUCCUGCUUCAUCACCGGCUUUGGGAAGACCAGGGAGAACGAAGAUAACACGUCUCCGAAGCUGCGGGAGGCCGAGGUGAAGCUGAUUGACUACAAGAUCUGCAACAGCGACAAGGUGUACGAGGGCUACCUGACCCCACGGAUGAUGUGCGCCGGGUACCUGCAGGGAGGGAAAGAUGCGUGCCAGGGUGACAGCGGUGGGCCCCUGGUCUGCGAGGACCACGGCCGCUGGUAUGUGGCCGGGGUGACAAGCUGGGGGACAGGAUGUGGCCAGAAGAACAAGCCCGGUGUUUACACACGCGUGACAAAGCUCCUCAGCUGGAUAUACAGCAAAAUGGAGAGCGAGAACGACUAA